AGCCUCGCGGCGGUGGCAGAAGCCAACGAAGCGCCGGCGCCGACGCGGCUCGCGAUCGUCCUCGACUUGGACGAGUGCCUUGUCCACACGCAGUACGCCCACGUGCGCUACGGAGCGUUCGCCGACGCCAUCGACGUGGUCUUGACGCCCGACAUCUCGGUGAAGGUGCACAAGCGUCCAGGCGUCGACGCGUUCUUGGCGUCCUUGGCGAAGCACUUUGAUGUGUACCUCUUUACGAGCUCGGAAGCAGGCUACGCCAACCCGAUCGUCGAUAUGCUCGACCCGACGCGGUCGAUCUUCCGGCGCCGGUUCUUCUACAACGACUGUACACACGUGCGUGGCCUUGCGCUCAAGGACCUUCGGCGGCUCUUGCCGUAUCUCGACCAGUCGCUCUCGCACAUCGUGCUCGUCGACAACAACCCAAUGUCCUUCUUGCCGCAACCGACGAAUGGCGUGCCAUUGCCCAGCUUUGUCGACGACGCCAACGACACCGCGCUUCCGCUCGUCCUCGAUGUGCUCAUGACGCUGCGCAGCGUUCACGACGUGCGCGUCUGCCUCGACCAAGUGCUGCACCUUGAGAAAGCGCUCUCGGCGGCAGCCGCAACACUGUAUCGCGAGGUCGACGGCAAGCUCCAGCUUGGUCGCAGCGACGGGCCAAGCAGUUGUAGCAGCAGUGGCAGCUCGAGUCCCAUCACGCCACCGUAACUUAUAUAUUACUUGAUAUCUAUGUACACCUUGUCUUUCCGUCUCU